GAACGACAAUAGACAAGAUGACAUUCAACACAGCAACAGUCGCCGCGGCAUCAACACCAACAUUCUUCAAAACCUUCCUCUCCCACUUCCUGAAACAAAAAUCUACAGACCCUACUCAAGACCCGACCCACGCGCUCUCCUACCAUGAGGCACUUGCGCUCGUGAGGAGAUUCUUGGAAGUCGCGUCGCAUCACACGGUUGAUGAGGUACAGGCUUUUACGGCGAUGCACGUCCCCAUUCCACGAUGGGUACACGACGAGAUCGAAGUUAUCCCGUCUCCAUUCAUCGACCUCGCUGCGUCAGUUUUGCAGCAGAAUUUGGGACAGGAAGAAAUUGAGGCAGUGGGUGGACGCGAAUGGUGGCAGAUCCGCCAUUCCCCGCUCGACGUUGAAUGGAUCGAGAUGAAGCGUGACUACAUCACCCGCCAACAGUCGCGUCAAACUCCCGGGCACGACAUGACGAAGGAAAAGGUGAUGUUGUACAUUCAUGGCGGUGCAUACUACUUUGGCGCCGUCGAUGAACACCGAUAUCAGAUCCAGCGUCACGCGAGAAAGUUAGGUGCCAGGGCUUGCGCACCGAGAUACCGCUUGGCGCCGCAGUACCCCUUCCCAUGCUGUCUCCACGAUAACCUCUCCGCGUAUCUUUGGUUGAUCGCACCAAUUUCUGAAGGCGGUUGCGGAGUUUCCCCCAAAUCCUUGAUCCUCGCGGGAGACUCAGCGGGAGGUGGAGCAGCCCUCUCCCUCGCUUGCAUCCUCCGCGACCAAGGCCUUCCCCUUCCUGCCGGAUUGGUCCUCAUCUCCCCCUGGGUAGACCUGACCCACUCCUUCCCGUCCGUCGUCAAAGACAACAGCGGAGACUACAUCCCCGCCCACGGCUUCCUCCACAAACCAUCCCUCACUUGGCCUCCCCCGACACAAGCCGACAUCUCUGCCGCCGAACGCGGAAGUGGAGAGUUGGACAGACAUAUCGAGCAGCAGGGGCAGGGAGAGAAGAAGGGCAUGUUGGAGAGGUUAGGGUUGAAGAAGCAUAAGGAGAUGGAGGUGGGCUCAACCUACGGUUCCGCCCGCCGCGCUGCACCCUCAAAGAAUACCUCCAUCAUCAUCAACAACACCCUCAUCCAAAUCCGUGACCAAAUCCAGUUGUAUGCACCGAAUGAGCUGUUGGCGCAUCGACUCGUGAGUCCGGUUAUGCAGGAGGAUUUGGGUGGGUUAUGUCCGACGUUGGUUGUGGGGGGUGGUGCGGAGAUGUUGAGGGAUGAAAUGAUUUGGAUUGGGCAUGCGAUGGCUGGGCAUAAGUAUCCCCCCACUAAGGUGAAACUCAUGGUCUGGGAUGGAUGUUGUCACGUCACGCCCACACUCAGCUUCACCCGUCCUGCGAGAUACAUGUACCGCGCUGUCGCGAACUGGGGUGUUUGGUGUAUCGAAGAAGCCUGGAAGGAGGGUGCAUCCCAGUCUCAAGCGCCCAUCACCAUGACUGGUCAUGAGGGGCCCUUCCAUAACAACAUGAUCCGUCUCCGCGUCGACACGCAUGGUCGUCCACGUCCCAUGGAGCCUGAGAGUGAGAUGUACCAACUCGCCAUUCCCCUCGAGGAAAUCGGCGUAAUCAAGGAAGGUCCCGUAAAGCGCUGGAUGGAAGGAAAAUCCAAAUUCGACGCGAAAUACAAGAAAGCGAAACUCCGGGUACAAAAAGAGCGGGCGACUGCUUACGCGCGCGCAAAGAAGGAGGGAUUCGUGGAGGGCCGACUUAGGGGAGAGAGGCCGCCUCCGAGCGCGGUUGUGAGUAGGAGUACGAAGGAGGAGAUGGAGAAGGCGAUGAGGAGUCUUGAGGAGGCGAGGGGGAAGACGAGUGCGGGGUUGGCGAGUUGGGUUGAGACGAUGCAGAAGAAGGAGCAUAAGUGAUUGGCCGCUUACAACUACAGUAUGGUAUAAGUUUAGGAUGACAGGUUAAUUGUAAUUCUGGUAUUUCGGUUGCGGUUGCAACGUC